AUGAAAAAUGACAGACGAUGCCUUGCUGCUGGUAUGAAAUUGGACCUUGACGUGAAAAGAGGGAGAAGAGAAGAGGACGUUGAAGACUGGAAGUCGUCGAACUGGAUGAGUCAGCAUGUUGACAACGGUCAACUUCUCCACUCCAAUGUUCCUUCUCCAUCACCCUUCCGACCUCGAAUACGUCCAUUGGCAAGGUCUCACAUCCUCUCACGCCAAGACUACACAUUCACGCGAUCCUGUGAUCCUCCGUGUAGCACAAACUUGACAGCUGAUCGGGUGGGGCAACUUCUGAGCUUACAUCGACCUCACACCGUACUCAAGCAGAGAAGAAACCUGAAGCGGUCUGACAUUCCUCAUCUGUCUUCGCAAGCGCCUCGGGCGAACAAGCCAAUACUUCACACCAUGGUCACCACUACCACAGUCACCGAUGAGACCUAUCGUGAGCUGCCAAGCGCAGAGACACUACGUGAGGCCGGCCACCUCCGUGUCAAGAACGAAGGAGGCAUAGAGGUUGACUUCAACACUCUCUACACCGUCUCAAAUGCCCAAAAGCGCCAGUUCAUCAUCUUCAUUCGACACUUCUUCUGUGGUGCUUGCGAAGAAUACAUCAAAGCCAUUUCGCGCACCCUGACACCAGAAAAGAUUGCCGCUGCUUCGACAAGCAUCAGCAUAAUCGGCUGUGGUGGCUCAGAUCUCAUCGCCGACUAUCGCAAGCGCAAUGAUAUAUCUUUCCCGGUGUACGCGGAUCUCAGCUUGGAACUUUUUGAUAAGCUGGGUAUGCCCAAGUCCAGCGCGCCCAUUUCGGAAGGAUGGAACGCGAAACAACCGGAUUACCACAGCCGUAGCUUCUUUGACAUAGUGUGGAGGAGUACGUACAAUGCGUUGAGCUCAGGUCCCAAGGCAAUUAGGGGUGGGCCGCCAGGGCAGAAUGGGGGCGCACUGCUUUUUGAAAGUGGCGAGCUGAAGAUUUGCCAUCGGAUGCGGACCACGAGCGACUAUCUCCAGAUCGGCGAAUUGCAGGAGCUUUUGGACAUCGUUGCAUAA